AAUUUAAUUUUUUAUUAAGUAAAAACGAAAUUGACAGUUUAAAAAAAUGGCUCAUUGUACUACGAGUAUUUCUUGGUUUGUAAGUAAAUUUGUCUUGAAUUUAUUCACAAUAAUUUUUGUCUACGGUGGUUUUUUGAAAGAAAAAAGAAUUGAAUGUUUGUGCGCUGCAGCUGAGAGAGAUCACAAAAGACAACUUUUAAAAGGAGAAGAAAAAUCAAGAAGUCGCUGUAUGUGUCAUCGCUGGCGAUCUUCUGUGUAUCCAUGCGGCUGCAAAAGGAAGAAAGUAUUUGAGAACUGCGUUGGUGACUUGAGAUGUGAAGUUACAAAACAAGAGGAAGUGUCGCGAAAUAAAUGCUGUUGCGGAAAAUAAUAACAAGUUUAAAAUAACAAAACGAAAAAUAGAAGCAAAGGGGAGUGUGAGGAAGAAACGUAGCAGAUAUUCAAAGUCAAUUAAUAAACGUCUCAUUUGACUGUUUGACUGUGACACGGCUAUAAGUAGAGCCUUAGUAUGAUUUAGUGUGGUGACUUGUGACACACUUUAACAUUUUGCAUUAUUUAACGUCUUCGGCUGGCUGUCCUUAGAACUUGCAUGGGUUUUACAUUUUUCGAGUACAAAUCCCUGAAAAUUUCGAUACUAAUAUACAACUGUUACUUUACUAGGUUAUUAAUAA